CCGCUCCCGCUCCGGCUGCCGGGGAGAGACCGGCGCUACCGGGCGAUGGCGCCCUGACGGGCCCGCGCGGGCGCCGGGCGCGGGCAACGGCGGCGGCAUGCCCGAGAAGCGGCUCACCGCGGAGCCACCAGAUAUUACAGAAGAAGGAUUUGAAGAUUUUUUGGCAACAGAUGAUUUCCUUGUGGACUACUUUAAUGAAUUCCUUAGCCUUCCAACCUUUUCAGAGGCAAUUAGAUUUAAUGUGGAUUUUGGAGUUUUUGAAAUAGUUAACAAUGCUCCACAACUUCUGGAAAAGCAACUGAAAAAAAUUCUACAAAACCAACAACCUCGAAAUCCCAUCUAUGAUGUCAUAAGGAAAGGAAAGAAUGAUGUUAAACCUGUUCAGAUGAAUGACCCCUAUGAAGAUAAGACCAUUAAUAUCAACUACAAUAUCAUGUGUCUCAGUCGUGAAGAAGGUAUUGAGUGGAUCAAAAAAGAAAGACUUCCAGCGUUCCUGGAAAGUGAUUGUUACUUUGAAUACAGAUUAGCCAAAUUGGUCUCACAAGUGAGAUGGAGUGGAUCAGGUAUGAACUUCACACUCAGUGCAGAUUUUUCCCCGUGGGUCCUGAAAAAACCAGCCAGCCCACCACCACCUGUUGCUGAAGAAGAGAAUGUUAUCAUCAUGAAAAAGUUCUACAUUUCUCUUGGCGAGGCCUCCUAUACUCAAACAAAAGAUUGGUUUGCCUUAGCGAAACAGAGUCUGCAAACAGCAUCCACGUUUUCAUUACCAACUUACGUAGUCCACAGCAAACUGGAAACUCCGGUUGUUUCAUCUGUUUCUGACAGCUUUUUCUUUGAUGAUGGAAUUCACCCAAGGACAAAAAGGGACUCAUCUGAAUCCGUUAGAUUAACUUCUCGUUCCGAAGAAGACGACGACAUGGGCUCCAUCUCUCUACAAGACACUCCUUCUCAAGCCCUUUUGAGAAUAUACCUUGAGAGGCAACAGGAUGAUGAUGAAAGCCUUACAUUGAGUUUCUCAACAUGGGAGGAAUUUUUAAGAUCCUAUAUAGCCUUUAUUUUGAGAGUAGCAAUUUAUCAAAUUUUUGAAGAGCCACUGAUAGAAAGCCCAGAUUAUAUAAACUUCAACAAGGUAACAGAAGUGGUGCUCGAGGAGGGUUUUGAGCCUCACUUUGGCAGAAAUAAUUUGUUAAGUGAAACAUUUCAAAUCACAAAUGAAAAGUCAAAAGAGAUGUUAGAACAAUCAAGUUCAAAGAGUGAGAGCAUUGGACCAGAAACCAGGGCUGACUGGUGCAUGUCUCACAAAACCUAUGAUAUUGGCAAUAGAAAGGAGUUUGAAAGAUUUAAGAAAUUUAUAAAAAAUACAUUAGGAGAGAGAUAUUGGUCAUUAUGGAUGGAUAUCGAGAGGCUGAAAGUUCUUAAGGACCCUGGAAGACAUCAAAGACAUCUUGAGAGGAUGAAAAAAUACUAUCUGGUAAGCAAUGGAGAUUGCUACCUUUCUACAGAAAUAUUAUCAAAACUUAAGCUGCUGGAUGCAUCUCAGUGGAAUGAAGAACACUUAAGAAAUAUUCAGACUGAGGUUGUAAAACCCUUACUUCUAUAUUGGGCACCAAGAUUCUGUGUUACUCAUUCAUCCUCAGUGAAACAUGCUAGUGCUGAACUGAAAUUCUGGCACCUCCGUCAAGAGAAACCAAGGAAGGAUGUUGACCCUUUUCCACAAAUGGCAACCCUCUUGCCAUUAAGACCUAAAUCUUGUAUUCCACAGAUAUCUGAUAUGCAGAAAGAAGAGUCCAAUUUAUUACAACGUCCUAAAUCUCCCAAGAAACCCCCUCGAGUAAAAACAGCAGUUCAAAAACCGUGGAGGAGCAAGUCUUUGUCUCUAAUUUCUUCGAAGGGCAAUGUGACUGAGAAAGGGCUGAGGCACAGGUUGGAAAGCAGCAAUGUUAUUCGCUUAACAUCUUUUACUGACAUUUCUGAAUGUCUGAAGCCCCAGCUGGAUAGAAGAUACACUUACACAGAAGAACCUUUGGUUAAAGCCAUGGCUGAUGGUGCCUUGGGAGGCUUUGACAUGGAAAAUUUGUUGCAAUCUUUGUAUGUAGAAAAUAGAGCUGGAUUCUUCUUUACUAAAUUCUGUGAGCAUUCAGGAAACAAGUUGUGGAAGAACUGUGUGUACUUUUGGUUUGACCUACAGGCUUAUCAUCAGCUUUUCUAUGGAGAAACACUUCACCCUUUUAAAGUAUGCAAACAAGCCCAAUAUCUUUUUGCCACAUACAUUGCUCCUUCGGCUACUCUUGACAUUGGACUCCAACAGGAAAAGAAAAAAGAAAUCUAUAUGAAAAUACAGCCACCAUUUGAAGACCUUUUUGACACGGCAGAAGAAUAUAUCCUCCUCCUCCUUCUUGAGCCCUGGACAAAGAUGGUAAAAUUCGACCAGGCUGCUUUUGGAAAGGUGGAGCUGAUAGAAGAAACUCGACAGUUAGAUUCCACAUACUUCAGAAAGCUACAGGCUUUGCAUAAGGAGACAUUUUCCAAGAAAACUGAGGACACUGCUGGUGAAAUUGGAACUGGUAUUUCACGGCUUCCUGAGGUCUCUAAAAAACCAGAAUACUGGAAUAAUGUUCCUGAAGAAUAUAAGCACUUUAGUUUUAAUGACCUGCUUAACAACAAACUGGAGUUUGAACAUUUCCGCCAGUUUCUUGAGGCUCAUUCUUCAAGUAUGGACCUUAUGUGCUGGACGGACAUUGAACAGUUCAGAAGAAUAGUUUAUGGAGACCAAAAGCAAAGGGAAGAAAAAUCUAUAUAUAUUAAAAACAAAUACCUUAAUAAAAAAUAUUUCUUUGGCCCCCAAAGUCCAGCUUCUCCAUAUCAGCAGGACCAGAUAAUGAAUCUAAGUGGUGGCUGGGGAAGGAUGCUCCAUGAGCAGCUUGACGCCUCUGUCCUGCUUGAAGUUCAGAAGCAUGUCCUCAAUAAGCUGGAAAACGUGUGGCUGCCAUUGUUUCUUGCAAGUGAACAGUUUGCAGCACGCCAAAAGAUAAAGGUACAGAUGAAGGACAUAGCCGAAGAGCUCUUGUUACAGAAGCAUGAAAGGAAGAUCGGGGUCUGGAAGCCUGUGGAGAGUAAGUGGAUAUCUUCAUCUUGUGAAAUCAUUGCUUUUCGUAAAGCAUUAUUGAAUCCAAUUACUGCAAGACAGUUUCAACGGUUUGUGGCACUAAAAGGAGAUUUAUUGGAAAAUGAUGUACUCUUUUGGCAAGAAGUACAAAAAUAUAAGGACUUGUGCCAUUCGCAUUGUGAUGAGUCCAUCAUUCAUAAGAAGAUCAUGACUAUUAUCCACUGCUUUAUUAAUUCUAGUAUUCCACCGGCUUUACAAAUUGACAUUCCAGUAGAGCAAGCCCAGAAGAUUAUUGAACACAGGAAGGAGUUAGGACCAUAUGUGUUUAGAGAGGCACAGAUGACAAUUUUUGGGGUUCUAUUUAAAUUUUGGCCUCAGUUUUGUGAGUUUAGGAAGAACUUAACUGAUGAAAAAAUUAUGAGUGUUUUAGAGAGGAGACAAGAAUAUAAUAAGCAGAAAAAAAAAUUGGCAGUCAUAGAAGAUGAAAAAUUUGCAAAGGAUGGACUCAGACAAUAUGCAAGUUCUUCAGCAUCUGCUAUCAAAACAGUUACUCUAGCCACUGACCCAGUUUUCGGCCUACAAGCAUAUGGUCGACAGCCAACCUGGUGCUACUCCAAGUACAUAGAAGCCUUAGAACAGGAAAGGAUUCUUCUUAAAAUUCAAGAAGAGAUGGAAAAAAAGUUAUUUACAGCCACAUCAUCUUUCACAAAUUUUAAGACUCCUGCUUCAGCUCUGUCUUUGAAAAAGACCGUAUCUUCCCACAACAUCCAGAAGAGAAAGGACAAAGUGUCAGAAAUGAUGCGGGACAAUGAACUUCACCAGCUGUAGGCCUUGGGACGCAGAAGCUCUAAAAGACUGUGACCUGCAUUACCAGACUGGAAGCAACAGACUUCGCUCUCUCAGAACCCCAGACAGUAUUUUCAAAGUAGAAAUUGCUAUUCCUGAUUCUCUAAAGAGUAUUCAAGAAACAUUUUAAAGGGGGAAAGGAUCAGGAGACACACUUCAGAGAGAGUUUUUCUUCUAAAGCAGUGGUUUGGACACUUGUGAAAUCUUAAGAGCCCUUUGGGUUUCCUCUGCUUCCACUCCGGUCCACACCGGGGCAGGGAGGGCUGUGACGUAUGUUACUUUUCUGUGCUCUGCACCUGAUCAUUGUUUCUUCCUUUCCUUUCCUAGCUUCCUCCCUCCUUCCCUCCCUCCCUUCCUUUCUUCCUUUCUUCUCUCUCUCUCUCUCUUUUUUUGCUUUCCUUUGAUUUUAAUUGAACAUUUUAUAAGAAUCCAUUUCUCUCCUCUCUUAGCAUGUCAAUUAUACUUCUUUCUAAAUAAAGUUGCCCCAGAAUUUGCAACAUACAUUUACAACUAAUAAAAGACUGCUUCCAAGUACUACUGUACCACUUUGUGGGUGGUGCAGGUGUCUUAAGACAGAUCGUGUCCAUUUCCUCCCUCCUGUCCCUUAUUACCUUGCUACCAGUCAAUUUCCUUGUCCAUGAGCUGUAACCAUGGAAUCCAUUCUUGCUAUUAUUAUUUUAAAUGGUUUGCUAUUAGGUCAAUUAAAAAUGAGAAGAAUAAAACAUUAUUUUCCCUUCAUUUAUUCCUUCUCUAAUGCUCUUCCCUUCUUUAUGUAGAUCCAAGUUUCUGACCUACUAUCAUUUUCCUUCUCUUCAGAAUUUCUUUCAUCAUUUCUUUUAAGGAAGGUCUACUGGAGACAUUCCUCAAUUUCUGUAUGUUUUAGAAAGUAUUUAUUUCUCCUUAACUUUUGAAGGAUAAUUUCACCAUAUAUAGAAUUUGAGAUUACUGGUUUUAUUCUUUCAACACUUAAUAUGUUUCACACCACUCUUCUCUUGCUUACAUGUUUUCAGAAGAGAAAUCAAAUACAAUGCUUAUCUUAUUCCCCUGGCUUCUUUCAAGAUUUUCUUUGUGACUUUGUAUAGUUCAAAUAUAGUAGAUUUUCUGAUACAUAUCCUGCUUACGCUCUCUGAGUUUCCUAGAUCCGUGGUUUGGUGUCUUUCGUAAUUUUGGAAAAUUCUUCAUCAUUAUGACUUCAAAUAUUACUUAUCUUCCUUCUGAUAUUUCCUGUCUUUCUGGUAUUUCCAUGAUACACCUUUUGCACCUUUUGUAACUGUUCCACAAUUCUUGGAUUUUCUGUUCUUUUCCACUGUUUUGGUUUUUUCCUUUCUGCAUUUCAGUUUUGGAAUUUUCUAUUCACCUUUCUUCAGGCUCACUUACUCUUUCUGUAGUUGUGUCUAAUCCUUUGGGAAGCCCACCAAAAGCAUUCUUCAUUUCCAUUACAAUUUUUCAGUUUCUGGUAUUUCAUUUAGAUUUUGUCUUAGAACUUACAUUUCUAUACUUAUAUGACCCAUCUGAUCUAACACAUUAUCCACUUUUUUCCCAGAUCUCUUAGGAUAUUAAUCAUUUUAACAUUUCUGGUCUGAUAAUUCCAAAAUCUCAGACAUAUGAGUCUGGUUCGGCUGCUUGCUUUAUCUUUUCAGACUGUUUUUUUUUUUUUUCCUUGUCUUUUAGCAUGCUUUGUAAUAUUUUAUAGAAAGCAAGACAUGAUAAAAGGAACUGAGGUUAUAUGGGCCUUGAGUGUGAGGUUUUGUGUUUAUCUGGCUAGGCAUUAGGUGUAUUUACUGUUUGCUGUGGCUGUGGUGUUAUAGGCUGAAAUUUCCCGUAUGUCCUUGUUUUUGUCUCCUCUGUUGUUUGGGGUUUUCCUGGGGUCUCCUUGAUAGGGUCUGAGGCUUGCAGUUCUCUUAGCUGCAAUCACAGUUAUUACACCAGAACCCUGUUGAUGUGGUAAAGUGUAGGAGGAGGGGAAGUGUUUUACAUUCUGAUGGUUAUAGGUCAGUCUUCUGGUGAGCCUAAGUUGGGUAUUUCUCUUCCCCCAGGUCAUUUAGGCUUUAGUAAAACCCCAGUUCAUUAGGCUCUGGUGAAAUAGUUUCCCUUGAGGGGAGGCCUUUCUCGGAAGAGAACUCUGGGUAUAUUCCAAAAUGUUUCUUAACCACUCCCUCUACCAGAGGCAGGAGGGGAUUUUUCUCUGAUCUUUAUAGUGAGAACCUGGUGGAGCUACUGGAAGUAAAACCCAAGACUGUGGACACCCCUCCCCGACCAAAGAAAGGCCCCCUUUCAAGCUGGUCUGCCCUGAGCCCUGGAGCAAGUCAUUAAUUACAACUUAAAGAACUUCUCCCCAAAUUAACUCCAGCUGCUGGCUUCUGCUCCUGGUAAGCUGGAAUUCUCUGUAUCUGCCUGUCUUUCCCUCCAGUUUUAGGGGCAUCAGACUGCCCUGUUACCACAGUUCUUUGAAGGAUCCAAGAAGAGUUGUUGAUUUUUCAGUUUGUUCAGCUUUUUUAUUGUUGAGGACGGUAGUAAUGACUUCUAGCUCUUUACCAUAUUGGAUAGGACCCUCAAGUUUGACACCAGUAUUUUAAAGAAUUCUGUAGUCCGUUUAAUUUUUAAGAUAAAAUUAAGAAAAUUUAAAUUAUUUGUUUUUAUUGUGUUAUAUGUAUGAAAUUGAUGGCAACCUUUAUAUUAUAAAUAUUAACAUGUUCGUUUUGGCCUAUUCUCAAAGCAUCCCCCAGCAUGGGCUAAUCUCAACUUUUUGGCACUAGAGACAAUUUCCUUAUAUUAGCAUGCUCAGAAGUAUCUUCUGACUGUGGUUCUACUGAUUCUCCUUAACAACUCUUCAUUCAUCUCCUUCUUCCAAGCCCAUAGGAUGACUGCCUUAUUCCAGAUUCUUAUCACCUUGAAUCUGAGUCCUAAUUAGUAUCUCUCUCUUCUGCCUCACCAUCCUCCAACUGUGUUUGAUGAUUUUUUUUAUAAAAUCAAACCUUCUUAUUACAUUACCUUGCCUAAGCUUCAUUAAGAUGAUCAGUGGGGCACCUGGGUGGUUCAGUCGGUUAAAUGUCUGAUUCUUGAUUUUGGCUCAGAUCAUGAUCUCAGGGUUGUGAGAUCAAGAGCUGUAUCAGGCUCCAUGCUCGGUAGGAAGUCUGCUUGAGAUUCUCUCUCUCCCUUUCCCUCUGCCCCUCCUCUCUCUCUCAAAUAAAUAAAUAAAUAAAUCUUAAAAAAAAAAAAGAUGAUUGGUAACUUGUUAUUGAUAAAAUGGUUUUUUGUUUUUUGUUUUUUUCUGAGAGAGAGAGAGAGUGCAAGCAGAGAGGAUGGGGAGAAGGAGAGGGCGAUUGAGACUCUUAAGCAGGCGCUGACCCUGAGAUCACGACCCUAGCUGAAAUUAAGAGUUGUAUGGUUAAUCAACUGAACCACCCAAGUGUUGUGUGCCCCAAGAAAUUCUUUAGUUACCAUGACAUACGUAUAAGUCCCUCCUGUCUUCUGAUAUAAAUAUUCAGAUCAGGCAUUUGUUUUUCUGGGAAGCUAUCUUUCAUAUUCUUCUCUUACCCUAGCCCCCUGCCCUCAAGACUACAGUAGUUAUCACUCCCUCUUCUGUCUUACCACUCUGUGACUUAUUUAUUCCUCUAUAAUAAUUUUUGUCAUAUGGAUUCUAAUUUUUGUUCACAUGCCUGUUUCCCCAAUAAAGCUGCUAUUUGAACUUUCAUUCCAGCACCUUACAUAGAAUAUCUAGAAAAUAGAUGUUCAUUAAAUAUUUCUUGAAAAAAUGAAGGAAAUGUCUCCACUGUAAAAAUCACAGGCAGAUAAAAAUCACUGCAUAUGUAAGAAUGGUCAACACAAGGUCAUUCACAAAAAUUUACCAUUGGCGUUUUUAUAGUUAAAAUACAUAAUAAGGUUACAAUUCCAUGUAAAGUAUAUAAACUUCAGUCUAUGUCAUUUUUCAUGUUUAUGAAAAUAUACCUAUGUGUCAUCAUGUCUUUCAGAAAAGAAAUUAGUGCUUAUUAAAUCACACUAAAUCACUUAAAUUACUUGAGGCCUGGGUUUCUCAACCUUGGGACUAUGACUUUUUUGGCCAACUAAUUCUUUGUUGCAGAGAGGGCUGUCCUACACAGUGCUGGAUGUUUCACAGUAUCCCUGGCCCCUACCCGGUAGAGGCCAGUAGUACCUCCCCAGUUGUGACAACCAAACAUAUUUCCAGAUAUUGCCAAAUCAUGCCUAGUCAAGAACCACUGCUUUAAACUUUGGAACAUUUUUAUGUUUAAUUUUUUGAGAUCUCUACUUACAAUGGAACCUUUAAAUUCUAGUUACCCCAGCAUAUCCUUUUUUAAAAAGUAUCAGAGUACUUAGCCCCAAAACACUACCAAUAGUACAUUCUAACAGAUGACUUAUUUCUUUUGUGGUAUGUGUAUUAUAACCAUUUGAAUAAUUUCCCUUCUUUUACAUAAUCUUUGGACAUGUAUUGCCUAAAGGAAAUGCUCAGUCAAUAUUUGUUGAAUUAAUAAAACUUAAAUUCCUUACUUACGUUUAAUGAAAUAUAUAUGUUAGGUAAUCUUAACAAUGCCCUGAAAUCUGACUUGGGUUUGUACAAAUAAAUAAGUUCAUUCUGAUUGUGCCAUUUA